AUGCUAACACGAGCCGGGGAGGUGGUGCCGCCAGCGAUCAGCCGACCGGAGCUUUACCGGUGGAAACGGAGCUGUAAGAAGCAGAGCAGCAAGCCGGUUUUUGACCGCGAUAACGUGGAGCACUGGAUCAAGAAGGUGGAAGAAGCCUCAGAGUUUGCUGUAUCCGAAGUGUUCUGUGUCAAGAAAACGACUCCACACAGAAAGAGACCGACGUGUCCUGCGCUGGACCUUGAAUCGACAGAUCAGCUCUAUGAUCAUGAUGAUGCGUACGGUGAAGCCCAGGAGCUGCUCAGCGAGUGGAUGAGCUCCAAGCUGAUGCUGGAACUCGCCAGCGAGGACGAGGAGGAUGCGGGACGAGCAGAGAUAAUCCCAGCGCAGCAGCCGGAGUUUGUCAGAUACGGCAGGUUUGACGAUUUGUACGAUCAUCUGGAGCGGGAAGCGGAGGACUCCAAGGCCCAGGACUUCCUGCAGGAGCUUCUCCACAAAGAAGUGGUGGAUUCUGGGAUAUUAGAAAGUCUUGUGAGUGACUCGGAUGACAAACGCAAGAAACAGAGGGACCCGCGACUUACCAUGGAGCUAAGACACCGACAGGUGAAGGAGAACCGGGCCAAGCGCCAGAAGGAGCUGGAGAAGCAGCGGCAGGAAAGGGCCCUCAAGAAGUCCGCUAUGGCUCAGGCCCAGGUCCUGGUACAAGAGGAGGCCAAGCAGAAGGCUCUGAGGAUCCGGAAGGAAGAGGAGGAAAUCCAGAGGGAGAUGGUGAGGCUGCGGAGGGAUAUGGCGGAGCGGAGGAGAGCCAUGGAGCAGGCGAGGCAAAUCGAAUGGAGGAAGAAGGAAACGGAAGCCAACAGGAAGGUCCAGGAGAAGACGGUAACCCAGCAGAGCCUCCAGAAAGAAGAGGAGGAGAGGAGAAGGCUGGAGAAGGAGGCUAGGAUUCAGGAGAUGCUGAGUCGGCUGUACGCGGAGAACCACAGGUGCCUACAGACGUGUUUCUCCGCCUGGUUCAAGCUCGUCUUGGAUCGCCGGGUGAAGAUGGGAAAGGCCCGGGCGCUCGCCGACUGGAAGCUUCAGCUGAAGGCGUUCAGAGCCUGGAGAGAUCACACGAGGGCCAGAAAUCUAGAACGCGAGACUCAGAAAAUGGAGCUGGAUUUGAGAGACCAGAACAGAAAGCAGCAGCUGGCAAUGGAAAGCCACCACCGGCGCCUGCUGCGGAGCUGCUUUAUCGAGUGGCAGCUCUGGAGUCGCGCAGAGAAAGAGAAAAGAGAGCUGGAAGCUCGGAAAGAGGAGACGCAAAGGAAGAUGGCGGCCCUGCUGGAAGCGGCAUCGUCCGCGAGGGUCCCAAAAGAUUCUGCUACGGGGAACCCUGCCCACCCGGAACAAGAGACGGCCGUUGGUAAAGUUUCUGAGAACGGAGCCGAGGAGGUCCCCAAACUCAAGGAAGCUCCUUCCCAGACCCAAAACACCCCUAAGCAUGCCUGGCAGGUGACGCGAAAGCACGCCGAGCUUACCCCCGAGGAGCUGGACCGCUUCCGCCGGGAGUCCGCCAGACACCAAAACGGCCCCCAAAAAAGAACCCCCCCUCACGGAGAGAUAUACGAGAACCGCUACGCCUUCCAGCAGCAGCUGAUCGAGGAGCAGAGGAGGCAGCUCCAGGAGCAAAAAGAGAUGAUUCUGGGGCUGGUGGAGAACCAGAGGCUCAUUAUCUCCAAGCAGGAGUGUGAUCGGGCCACUGCCCUCUCUGCACAGCUGUCCAGCCAGGGGCCACGCGCACAGGUGGUGGCCGGGACAGGAAGUGACCAAGGGACAGAGCGGCCCCUAGCCACAAACCGCAUGGAAGCUCCAAGUGUUUUCUGCCGUUCUGCGCGUUCUGAGAACUCUGUACCAAGCCCCUCACCAAGCGCCGCGUCCACCGCGAGGAGACGAGCCGGGUCCCUGUCUGCCCCCCAUCCGGCGGUACGAGCGAUGGCAGAACGCGCAGCUCAGAGGAUGGAGAGGAAGAGAGAGAUGGAGGAGAUGAAACGCAAACGCGAGGAGGAGAGACUGGCCCAGCUGAAAGCCGCGGAGGAGCAGCGUCUGCAGAAAGAGGCCGCCGAGAAAGCAGCCGAAUUGGAAAGAAGAAGAGAGGAGAAGAGGUUACAGAAGCAGAAAGAGCAGGAGAAGCAGAUGAGGCUGCAGAGGGAGCAGCAGCUCCUGGAGAAAGCCGCGUCCCACCACGAGAAGAUGCUUCGCAGGUUUUGGGGUCUGGAGCCCUGGAAGAAGCUGGUGGCAGAAUCCAGACUUAGAACGGAGCGAGCCGAGCAGCACCGUGACUCGGUGAUUAAACGGAGAUGCCUCCUGACGUGGCACGGCGCUGCCAGGGAGCGCGCGGCGGAGAAGAUCUCCCGCGCGGAGGGAUUGUGGACGUCGCUCCUGCUGCGGAGAAGCUUCCGGCGAUGGCUGAAAUACAAGGAUUACCUGCUGAUCCUGGAGGAGCGAGCGGAGCGGCACGCCCGGCUCUCCCUGCGGAGGAAGGUUUUCCUGGCUUGGCUGGAAUCGGCCCAAGAGGAGAAGAUGGCGUCCUGGGAGAAGCAGAGAGUCGCCGCGGAGCACAGCCAGAGGCGAGUUCUGCUGACGGCGUUCAGAACGUGGAGGAAGUUUCCAAAGCUCAUGCGCGACCAAAAGCAGAAAGAGGAGAGACUGGAGCAGCUGAGGAAGAGAGUGUCGGAAAUCCUCCCCGACUUCAAAGUGUGAGCGCCGGCUCCUCGCUGUGUACUCGGCAGCGUUAUAACCUGCGGCAUGCCGGGCAGCGAGGUCAGGAGACAUCGUCUCUCCAUCAUGCGCGCAACAUGACGGGGAGCGGCGAGGAGAUCUAUCUACACCCCGCCCAGAGUCCACGUGCCUUUACAUUGGGGGUCCCUGCUAUCCCCCCCCCCAAUUAUUGUUUCUAUGCAGAAGACCCAGAGAAGUUAUCGAAGGGUUAAAGAAAUUGCACUUACAUCACAAAUGACAUUUAUUUGCCUUUAUUUCUGGAUUUAGGGUUUUUUUAUGUUUUUAUGUUUAGUUUUUCAGUCUUGGGUUUCAGGAAAACGUCACAAAUCCAAACACCCUCCGGUAACGGCCGCCGCGGCAACCCCACCGGGACGCCCCCCCCCCCCGACCACGGAAAGAGCGGCUGUUAAAUAUUCCUAUCAUUUAUUUUCUGAUCUCGUGUUGAUUUACAAUAAAAUUACGAUCUGAAAUCCAGCAAA